AUGACAGUCUAUCUGGAAGGACGUGCAUCAAAUUCUUCUGAAUAUGAAUACGUGGGUCGACUUGUCACUCGUGAAAGACCAAUUUUACGUUUACAUGGUCAUCAACAACAGCGAGAGCAAAAAUUUCUAAAUGAAACACCUGUUUCUAAAUUAUUAUUAGAAAACAAUUUAUUAAGUAAAAGUUAUCAUGGUAAUGAGAUACAUCCAACACGUGCGAUAAACGGUGUUCAGCAUUUUCAACGUACUUUGAAAGAACCAAAAUUAACUGCAUAUUCAAAAUAUCAAUAUCAAAAUAUGAUGGAAGAUGAUGAAGAUGUUGAUAGCUAUGAUGAUGAAGACGAAGCCAGUGAGGAUCCACUAAGUAAACCAAUUGGAGUAAUACGUAUUAAUGAUGCACAUUAUCGUGAAAUUUAUCGUCUUCCAACACCUCCUCCGAAGUUUAAACGUAUUUUUCAUCGAUUAAAAUCUCCUGAACCAAAAUUAAUCGAACGGGUAUUUGUUCAACGUCCACCACGAGAAAUUAUUGAAAAUGUAAUCGAAGUGCCACCGCAACGUGUUCGUGUUGUUAACAAAGAAAAAUUUCUUGAUCGAUCAUCACCGAUUACUCGAUCAAAACUUGUUCGAUUACAUUCAAAACAACAUAAUCGUCGACAACGGGAUAACAACGAAGAAUUAAUGGCUUCCUUACAAACGACAAAUGUUAUUCCUCAAACACCAAUGGUGACCACAACUUUUCCAGCAAAUCAAACUCGUUCUCAAACACUUAUUCAGCUACCAACAACUCCAGCCAAUUUUACACAAGUACAACAACCACAAAUGUUUGUUGGACAACAGCAAAUAAUGCCUGCUCAUCCACAACCGACGUCUACUUUUAUUCACACAACAAUUCCACCUCAUAUUAUGUUUAAUUCUCAACAAUCACAACCACAUAUUCCGUUUCAACAGCCAGUACAAACUUCUACUAUGCAUCAACAACAACCUCAAGUAAUUACUCAUUUUCAGCAACCGCACCAACAUUCACCAAUGAUAAACGUAAAUACACUUCCUCAGCAACAUUUUCAUGUUCCUCAUCAACAACAAAUGAUGCAAUUUCCUCAACAACCACAAAUGCAGUUUCCUCAACAACAAAUAAUGCAAUUUCCUCAACAACCACAAAUGCAAUUUCCUCAACAACAACUAAUGCAAUUUCCUCAACAACCACAAAUGACAUUUUCAAACAUACAAAGGCCAAAUAAUAUAAUCAUCUAA